CCACAAACUCAGCAAUUAUUUAAAAGUCUACCUACGCUUCGGGCCUAAGAUGGCGCAUUUAAGCUUCUCUGUGGGGUUUUACGUUAACGUGGGUUUUACCAGCCGUAACCCAGACACCCUACCUUGCACAGUUACUUCAGGUAGUCUACCAGGAUUUUGGGUUAGCAAAAUUUACACCAGUAAUGACUCCACUCUCCACUUCACCCUUGAUCCUUCAGGAAUCGUCGACUUCCACGGUCCAAUUAUAGGUUCCCAUUCCAUGAAGAGUCUAGAUUUAGGAGAACUCACCAGCUCCUACUGGGUAGUAGUAAGUAUUCCUGAACAACCUUUCUACGUAGAGUUCGCCCCACCACCACCGGACGCCAAGCCUAUAUCUAGAAAGCAUAGUGCUCCAGAGAAGUCACAAAAUAAAGAAAGCAAGAAUGUUCCAGCGACUUCUAUGCAAAGUAUCUCCGUUCCUGAGAGCUCACCACCGAAUACCACAGUUCCAGAAAUCUCAAAACCAAGUGACGAUAUACCAGAAAGCUCGCCAUCGAGUGCUACUGCAGAGAUCUUGCCGCCAAGUGACACUGUUAAAGAAAUCUCAAAACUAAGGGACAAUGUUCCAGUAAGCUCUCCACCAAUUGUUUUGCCAGAAAUCUCGGCGCCAAGUGACACCGUUGAAGAAAUCUCAAAACCAAGCGACAAUGUUCCAGAAAGUUCGCCACCGAGUGUUCCAGAAAUCUCGGCGAAAAGUGACACUGUUGAAGAAAUCUUAAAACCAAGUGACAAUGUAGCAGAAAGCUUGCCGCCAAGUCAUACUGUUGAAGAAAUCUUAAAACCAAGCGACAAUGUUCUAGAGAGUUCACCAUCAAGUAACACUGCCAAAGAAAUCUCAAAACCAAAUGACUACUUUCCAGAAAGCUUGCCAUCAACUGUUACUCCAGAAAUCUCACAGCCAAGUGAGACUACUAAGGAAAUCUCAAAACCAAAUGAAGCUGUUUCAGAAAUAAGGGACAAUACAAAAAAGAACUUGCCACCAAUUAAUAAUGUUCCAGAAGUCUGGAAACCAAGUGCCACUAUUCAAGAAAUCUCGCCACUAAAAGGUAAUGUUCUAAAAAGCUUACUACCAAGUGAUAAUACUCGAAGCAACUGGUUACCAAGUAGUGCUGUUCCAGUGAACUCACCACCUCGAAACAGUAUUUUAAAAAGCUCGCAGCAGAGUAAUACUGUUCCAAAAAGCUCGUCGCCAAGUGACGUUACUCCAAAGAAUCAAUUAGUAACAAACUAUUAUUCCGCGAGCUCAUCGCCAAGUGUCAUUACUACAAAGGACUUGUUACUUAAUAAAUAUGUUUCGGUGAAUUCGUCGCCAAGUACCAAUGUUCCCAAGAACUCCUUGAAGAACAUUUCUGUUCUAGUCAGCUCGUCACCAAGUGCCAUUGUUCCAAAGAACUUAUCCGAAAAUAGCUAUGUCCCGUUGAAAUCACAGCCAAGUACCACUGUUCCAGUCAAUUCAUCAGAAAGUAGCACCGUUCCAGUGAGCUCAACACAAAGCAUCGUUGUUCCAAUAAGUUCUUCAUCAAAUACCUUUACUCUGAAGUCACCACAAACCAAUACAGUUCCAGUGACUUUAUUAGAUGGAAGUUGUUCACCAAGCGCCAUUAUUGACGUCAUAUCACCACAAAACGGGGCUGUUCAUACGACCCCUUCACAAAAUGGAGGUGAUUCGGUUCACACACCCGAAGGUCUUGACCAUCAUACCGAAAUAACCAUAAUCCAGGAUGAGUCAGAUCACCAGGAUGUCGAAGGAGAAACGCUCCUUAGAGAAGCUGUAGCUCUGGAAGACAGACGAACAAUCACAAGGCGUCGUUUUUGCAUCAUUUUUGGUGUGUGA